UUUGAACUCAUCUCAUCACAGUUGGACUUAUGCACGUAUUGGUUGUUAUUUCACAGGUUUAUCUAAAUAUCUGGUAGAGCAACCUCAGAAUAUUUGGAGAGAAUUAUGGUUCAGACAUUAGAGUCUAUAAGGGGUGGUGGAGGUUCGAUUAAAGUUGGAACAACUGGUACAAUCAGUGCCCUCAUGUCAAGAGAAUUAGAUUCAAAACCAUCUGCUUCUACGACAUCUGUAUCACGUAGGUAUAGGUCUCCUACUGUUUGUUCAUUUGCUGCUGGUGAUGCAACCAGUCCUAAAAGAACAAAGCCAAGAACAUCAAUCGAUAAAGCUAGCUGCAGCUGGGCAUCUGAAGAUCAUAAAAAUGACUCCGAGAUAGUCAGGAAGGCGAAGCAGUACUACAAUUGUAGAACUCCUCAAAUUCCUAUGCUAAAAUCAGAAAACAUUUCAGUAGAUGGAACUCCUAUUAGGAAGAAACCUGAUAGAAAGGGACUGGCGUUAGUGGAAAUCGUGGACAUAAAAUGUGGUAGUUCGGGAAAAACACAUGCAAACCUUAUGAAGAAUAGUCUGAAGAAGAAUAGCUUCUCAAAACUUUCUGAGAGCCCUGUCUAGGCAUGUGAACCUUGUAAGUGGAUCAAGAAAUUGCUUU